AUGCCAGAUACAGAAGAAGUUAUAUUUGUCGUUCUGUUUUCUGUUGUUCUUGUCUUCAAUAUAGCAGGAAACUCCCUCGUUAUUUACAUCAUCACCAAUGAACGAGGAAUGAAAACAUCCACAAACUAUCUGUUGUUAAACUUGGCUGUAGCAGAUCUUUUAUUUGGCAUUUUUUUUGCUCCUGAAUACAUAUUCCUGCCUUUCUUUCGUCAUUCCGUGCCAGAUGGAAUUCUUGGUGAGUGGUGGUGUAAACUACUUUUAGAAAGUAGCAUCGCUUGGAUGGCCUCCAAAGCUUCUAUUUUCACCAUGAUUUGUUUAUCAGUUGAACGAUACUUUGCUGUUUGUCGUCCUCACACCUUCAGUCAGCGUUUCUCGCCAAAGAUCGUCAAAGUACUCGUUAUAGUGUCCUGGAUAUAUGCUGUUGUUGUAAUGUCAACAAUUUUUGUUCAUACUUACUUGAGCAAAAAUUGUUUAUACUGCUCCGUUAGCGUUUUGCUAGAAAUAACUUGUUCCUUGUCUCUGAUGAUAUUUUUUACUGUGAAAAUAUUCCUUUCCCUGUGGUGCAAGCAGACAGUCGAACCUACAGGAGAACGAGAGAUCACCGAGAGAAAGAAGAAAAAGAAAGUCACUUAUUGCGUUCUUGCUGUAGUUGUCACUUAUGUGGUGUGCUGGAUUCCCAUAAGUAUUAACUACUUACUACUUAGAUUAUCAGCCAGUUCUGACAUAACCCUAACAAUAUUAAUAUUGGUUGCUUCUCUUAACGCUGCUCUGGACCCGUAUCUGUUUAGUUUUCAAAGUUCGAAAUUUAAGGCUUUGGUGAAAAAGGUUCUAUGCUGUAGAAAAGAGUCCUCGCAAUAAGGCAAGG